CUGGCCCCGCUGGCAGGGGCGGCGUCGGGGGGGAGGACGGCCCCCCCCCCGCCGCCGCCGGUUCGUGCCACGCCGCGCCGCACAGUGGCAGCGCCACGGGCCGCCGUACCCCAUUUUCCCCCGCCCGGGCCGGGCGCGAGCCCAGCCGGCCUGCCUCGAUGCCGGACGGCCUGUGGGAGCCGAGAGCAUGCAGGUCCGUGUCUUCCGAGGCCUUCAUGGACGAGCUCUGUGUCAACAUGGGCGGGUACGGUGGUUUCUUCUGGAUGUUGAUCCGCCACCAUUUUGCUUGGUGGCUUUUGAUUAUUGUUGUUCCGGCCCUCUUCCUGGACCACCAUAGGUGUGAGGCCAGGC